AUGCCGGGCCGUCUUCUGUCGAGCCUCGUCCGCACCUCGCCACAUGCCAGCUUCCCCGCCUCGCUGUCCUCGUCGACCACAUCGGUUAACGAGAUGACGCCCUCGCAGUCCGGUCCCUCGUCCAAGCGCAACUCGUGGUCGCUCGGGCUUGACGGCCACGAGAGCCCCGAGCGUUUGCUUUCGGCGGCAGUCGACCACAUCAUCCACCCAAACAAGGAGAAGCGUCUGAGUCUCGGACGCUCGUCUCGCUCCAAGGAACGGCACUCGGCCAAGGACCAUCCUCGCCUGCUCCCCGCCAAACUCAAUGUCAUCAUCGAAUCGCCGCCGCUGGUCUUCUACGGCACGCCCGCCAACUCGACCGGCGCUCUGUUUUCUGGCCGUCUGCGCCUGACCGUGUCCAGCCAGGUCGGCUCUGUCGCCCUCAAGUCGUUUACCGUCAACCUGACCAAGACUUUUACCACGAAGAAGCCCAUCACCCGAGACUGCGGCAGCUGCUGCGUGCAAAAGGACGAGCUGAAGCGCUGGGACUUUUUGACAGAGUCCAUCAAACUGAGCAAGGGCGACCACGACUUUCCUUUUAGCUAUUUAUUUCCUGGAGACUUGCCCGCCAGCGCUCAAGGGACUUUGGCCGCUAUCGAGUACUGGCUGGUUGCCCGCGCUGUCACAACCACUGGAGAGGAGCUGAUCGAGAAGGUUCCGCUCACCAUCAACCGCUCCAUCCUGCCUGGCAAUGAUCGCUCCUCUCUCCGCAUCUUCCCCCCGACCAAGCUGACCGGCCGCGUGGUGCUGCCCUCGGUCGUGCACCCGAUUGGCGCGUUUCCCGUGCAGAUGAACCUGAGCGGCGUCGUGGAAAAGGGCGAAGAUAGCCAGACACGCUGGCGGCUGCGGAAGAUGAUGUGGCGCAUUGAGGAACACCAAAAGGUAGUCUCGAGCGCUUGCCCAAAACACACCCACAAGGUGGGCGGCGAAGGCAAGGGCGUCCUGCACCAGGAGACUCGCAUUAUCGGCCACAACGAAGAGAAGACGGGAUGGAAGACCGACUUUGACACCGCCGGCGGCGAAAUCAACAUGGAGUUCCUGGCCAACAUCAAGCCGGGCAGCAACCCCGUUUGCGAUCUCGACGUCAAGGGCUCCCUUGAAGUGAAGCACAAUCUCGUGAUCGAGCUUAUUGUGGCUGAAGAAUUCUGCCCAAACAAAAACACCAACCUCAUCACCCCGACGGGCGCUGCCCGUGUGCUGCGCAUGCAGUUCAACCUGCUGGUCACCCAAAGAGGUGGCCUGGGCAUCAGCUGGGACGAAGAGAUGCCGCCCGUCUACAACGACGUGCCGGCGAGCCCGCCGGGCUACGCGACGCUCAGCGGCACCUGCGCCAUGGAGGACUACCAUGGCUCGCCGCUGCCAUCGCUGCCGGAUUAUGAAGACCUGGAGCGUUUGGACUAUUUUGGUCCAACCCCUAGCAACAGCACCCAGUUGGCCGAGGUCAGUCGCCAAAUGUCGCGACUGACGGCCGAUGAUCUAGUGGCCGAGCCUGCGCCGGCUCGCGGCUGUGCUGAGUCUGACUCGCCUGAAGCCGAGGCUGCAACCGUCGAGACAUGCAGUCAUUGA